AUGGAUGAUUAUGAUUAUCUUUUUAAGAUGGUUAUCGUUGGUGAUUCUGGAGUUGGAAAAACGAAUUUGUUUCAAGAGGAUACUUCUGCAACAAUCGGAGUUGACUUUUAUUCAAAGUCGGUUCAAAGAGGAAAUAAAAUUAUCAAAACUCAAUUAUGGGACACUGCGGGACAAGAAAGGUAUAGAGCAAUGGCAGCCGCAUAUUACCGAGGCAGCACAGGGGCAAUCAUCGUUUUUGAUGUCACCCACAGACAGUCGUUCAAUAACCUCCAGCAGUGGAUCAAUGAGAUCGGAUCCUACUCUUCGAGUGACAUGCCUAUUCUCAUCAUAGGUAAUAAGUGUGAUUUAGCUUCGGUUCGAACGGUUUCCUCAGAAGAAGCGCAAGCUUUUGCCGAACAGCACAAUAUGGGAUACAUCGAAACGAGCGCAUUAACAGCAGACAAUGUGAACAAAGCGUUUGAUACAAUUAUUGACACUAAAACGCAGUCAUUUAUGAAUCGGCUACAAAAGGUGUUUUGCAAAGUGAUUUAA